AUGUCGGAACAACUUACUGGCACCCCUCCGAGCAGUAGUGUUGGGACCAAAAUUACUGUUGAUACAGAUGAUGCAAGCCUCGAGUCUGUUCCUCAGUUAGACAGCGUUGCGAUUGUGCCCCCGAACGAGAUCGCCUCGGAUGCGCUUGGCGUCAUUCCUGAGCUCCCAGCCAACGAGAAGGAUGUGGAUCCUUUUGAAACACCAAAAACAUCGGAAGUACCUGCGACCUCUCAAGAAGAGAGUAUCAAUGGCAUCCGUGUGGGUAGCGACCAUGACAACCAUGUUAUGAGCUGGGCAAAUAUGAAUUCUAUGGGCAAUCGGAAUGCCAUGUGCCGGCUUUCUCAACCACAUGCGGUUCCCGAGGGCAGUGUAUGGGAAAACAUGAGUCUCACCAAGAAAACUUAG